GUGCUUCAUUAAAGCGGUUGAUUUUGAAUGAGAAUGCAGCGUGUGUGUGUGUGUGAGUGUGUGUGGUUGUGUUGAAGGUGGGGGUGGAGGGUGUUGCAGGACAUGCGAGUGGCUGUUGCUCGUUGUUCCCUCGCAGCUGGAAGUUCAGCAGAUGCAUCAGGAGAGGAGAGUGGAGCCGACAGACUGCAGGCGAAUGGGCUGACUGAAAACCAGCAACAAGACGAACCUCGGACUCAUGUAGACUGACACCAUGGAUGGAGCUGCUCGCUGGUCCAGCUCUCUGGGAGCUCUGCAGUAGGAUGCAAGUGUGUGUCUCCAUCUGUCUGCUCCCACCGAUGACUUCCCUCCUCUGCCUGCUCAUCCUGUCCGGCUUGGCCUUCUCAUUCCAACUGGGUUUGGAGGAUGUUUUCUUCAGUCCUCAGAACCAGACAGUCAGAGAAGGAGAGGCAGUUUUCCUUCAGUGUGUUUCAGGAGAAAGUUCACCUCCUGCAACCAUCACCUGGAUUAAAGAUGGAGACGUGGUCACAGGAGGAGGACAGAUUCAGGGUGAAUAUGGAGGAGGUCACCAGAAGAAAACUUCAGGCACUCUGCAUCUUUCCAACGUAACAUUAGAGGAUGGAGGGAUUUACGUUUGCGUCACAUAUAAUGCUUUACUGAACAUCAGCAAGAAGAGCAAAUCAGCUAAACUAACGGUGCACGGGGUCCCGAGGAGGCUGCAGAUCAUCCAGGGCCCUGACAAUAUCACCGUUGCUAUGGGAACCGAGGUCUCCAUGCACUGUGCGGUCCGCGGCUUCCCCGUUCCCAUGGUGCACUGGUUCAAAGACGGCUGCCUCCUGACGAACUGCUCGGCCUCGUUCAGCCUCCAGAACAAUGGACAGCUGCUCACAUUCAGAAAUGUGACCAAAGAGGACGAGGGCUCGUAUCACUGUGAAGCCUCCAACCAGAACGAGACCAUAAAGUCCUACACGGCCUUCCUACUUCCAGCUGAGAUGGACUGGAGUUUUGUGCAGCAGCCCACAAACCUGACAGUGAAGAGAGGAGAAAAUGUGACGGUGACCUGCAGACCUCCAUUCAGCCGACCAGCAGCCGAGGUGUCCUGGUUCAAAAACGACCAGCUUCUCAGACCUUCAGCUCAUGUAGCUGUAGUGCCCAGCGGAGACCUGUUCUUCCACAGUGUUCGGGUGGAUGACAGCGGCAGCUUCUUCUGCAGAGCUUCAAACAUCCACCUGCAGAGAUUCCUCACAUCUAGAAAGGCGACACUAACUGUGCUGGCUCCUCCGUUAGUGAAGCUGUGGCCCCAGGUGCUGACGGUGCCGCUUGGAGCUCAGGUGGUUCUGGAGUGUCAAGUAUCCGGUCACCCUUUACCCUCCAUCAGCUGGGUGAAGAGAGGCCACUCCAAGCAGACUGGAGGAAAGAUUAGAAUGGGGCUGAGAAAUGCAACUCUGCACAUCCAGUCAGCCAGGAGCUUUGAUGAGGGGACGUAUGUAUGCGAGGCCUCCAACACACUGGGAAAAGUCCACAGCACUGCACUGCUGAGAGUCGCUGUGAGCCCCAUCAUCGUGACCUUCAUAGGUCAGAUGAGCUGCAGGAUCGGAGCUUCAGUAGUUCUGCCCUGCAGAGCUGUAGGAAUUCUGCCCAUCACCUACACCUGGACCAAAGGUGGAGCAGAGACACAAUCCUCCAUCAGUCCCAGUAAGGACAGACGUAUUGAUGAAGAUGGAGCCUUACAUAUUUCCAGUGUUCAGCACUUUGAUGCAGGAGAGUAUUACUGUACAGCCGUGAACCGAGCUGGACGGCAUCAGAAACGUAUGAUCCUCAUUCUCACAGCUGAAGAACUUCCAGCUGAUAGAGGCAAGCAGACAAGACUGGUUUUGUCUGCUAGCACCAAUCCAAAUGAGGAACUUCCAAUUUCCCGUUUGAGUGUUUCUGUGGCUGAGCAACAUCUCAGAACAGGACAUGGUCCUCAUGUACCUGCACAGCAUAAGGAGACAACAUGCACAAGCUCCAACAGUCCAACUACCUUUCCGAUAUUUUCAAGAAAAGCCGUCGCUGAGCUAAAGAUGUCAUCGGAGUCUCGUAAACAUCUUUCAGAGCAACAUCUGAAUCAGCCAACAGCCGAUCCAACCCAGCCUGCACUGGUCACACAGAUGCAGCCUCCCAUAUUACCACCGCCUCCACGUCCCAACUUCCAGUCAGCUGAUCUCCACACCAAACUACCAGUCACCAGUGACCCGCUUGCUAUCUCAAACAGUCUGACGGCCACCAGUGAAGUUUUGGAUGCAACCCUUCAGUUUCUGCUCUCUGAAAGUCCAUCUUUGAGACGAACAUCAUCACAAUUCCAGCAUCAAGUCAGCGGCCAGUUGAUUGUAAAGUCUGAAAUUCAGGACUUGAACAUCAACGCUGUGUCUCUGGCGAGUCAAAUCACUAAGACGUCUGCUUCAAAGCUUCCAGUCGGUGCAUCCUUUGGCUUCCUCAAGUUGGAUUCAUUUACAUCAACUCCAGCACAGACUCCUGGGACCCAAACUGAGAUGAGAAACUCAGGUUUAGUUACCUACAUGGUCACUUCACAACCUGAAUUGCCCCAAACUCAACUGAACCACAUUUCACAUUUCACAUUUACAGAAAGGUCCCUUUCCCAGUCCAACCAGGAGGCAAACUCAACGCAGAUUUAUCAAACUAAGGAAACUCAUCUGCAGCCUUCACCAACACUUCACCCUCAUCCUCACCAAUCCUUUACAGGAAACAUUUUACCAAAGUUUCAUCUUGAACUCUCACCAGUCCAGCCUUCCACACAACCUCCACCUUCUUCAAUAACCAAACCUCAGCCAUCCCAGACUUCAACAACAACUUCUAAACUUCCUCAAACCCAAUCUGAAUCUUCUCCAACACAGAACCCACCAUCAACCAUCCAUCCUCCUGAUCCUACCCUUUCAACGUUGGACCCUGAAGUUGUCCAUGAGGUCAACAGGUCCAAUCAGCUAAAUUCAACUCAUUCUUCUAAAUCGGCCAAUGACACAGAGCUGACAGACUGGCUGAAGAGGAACACCUCCCCGUCGCCCAUGACCAGCAGCGAUCACAGAGUGACACAGCGGUCGCCAUCAUGGCUGCCUGUCCUGGAGAAACAUGACAUCCCCAUUGUGGUGGGAGUCGGUGUGUCUCUGGCCUUCAUCUUUAUCACUGUUAUUUUCUAUUCGGUGGUCCAGAAGAAUGAACCUGCACCGACAAGUCGAGCAGCUCAGAGGAACCUCGGAGUCCCUGUGCGACACGCAGAACGUCGAGCUGCAGGACGCACAUAUGAAAACAGAGCUUUCGAAGACGAUGACUGUGUUGCGGUGAUUGAGCAGAGCCCCAACACAUCUGACACCAGAGCUCGACCUCCUGGACCGAGUGUGGUCAUGGUGCAGAUGGAGCCUCCGUUUGAGGAUCUCCAGGAGGAAACGCUGAACACUGUGGACAACCACUCAGUCACUGUGGAGACUCAUCCAGAGCCCAUCGUAAACACUAAGAUGGAGCCGUGUCUGGAGGAGGAGAAGGGCUGCAGUCUGUCUCAGCCCAGCAUCCAGCUGCAGUGUGCUGAGGACUGGACCAGCAACACAGGAGACAACCACAGUCCGUGUCAGGACGCCUUGCCUCCUCCGUCACCUCUACCCUCCCGUUCUCCUUCCCCAUCUCCCCCGUCCAGACGAGAGGAAGGCCUGCACUCCUCUUUAACCCUUCACAGUGCCGAACCCUGUGCGGCACCGAUCCACCACAGCCUCAGCAUCUCCCAUGGAAACCCCCCCCUGCUGCUGUCCCACCACGUCUCCCUGGGCCUGACGACGGUCGCCGUUGACGUCCACUUUUACCCAGCGUCCACUGCUUCGAUGGCAGCGGGUGCCAGCACUCACAUCAACUCAGUCACUAAUUCCACGUCAGUGACUGCACCUCUGUUCAGCCCUCCACUAGUGAACAGCCAGGAGAGCGAGUCCACCGCCAGGUUCCAUCAGUGCAAGGAGAAUCUUCAUCUGUAGCUGUCCAGGCGUGAUGAGGAUCAGGUGCCUCAUAAACUGCUACAAAGGGAGGAAGACAUUUUAAAGGAAGAGUUCAACAUUUUGGGAAGUAUGCUUAUUUACUGUCUUGCUGAGAGAGAGAUGUGUUUGCGAAUAAGCUGUAUGACCUCAUUAUGUGAAAUUAUUUGGAAAAUGAAGCAAUAAGGAGGCAGAAUGGAGACACAACACCUGAUUUGUUGAAUGAAAAGGGAGAAAUUAAUGAAAUUACUAUAAAUAGAUGUCAAACACAACUUUUGCUUAACGGAAAUCCAAGCACAACCACUACUAACAUGUUAAGCUCCUAAAACCUCCAAUUAUAAAGCAAACCAGGAGUGAAGAGGAUUAUCAAGUCAUUUAUCUGGAUACAUUUAUAUAUCUACACCCGAGUCCUCAAAAUAUUUAUCAAACUAACUUUAACAAGGAAAGAGAGAGACAUUUGGAAGGCUUUUUAUUCCUAUUUUUUUCUGUUUUUAUGCCUGAAAACCCAUCGGGGGAUUUAAAGGUCUGCUAUCUGUAAAAAACAUAUACAAUACAAGUAGUAAAUAUUUUUAUUAUUACUAUUUAGAGCACCAUUUUUCCAGUAUUGAUAAGACCUGUAGACUCUUGGAAGAAUGUUGUUGAUUGCAGGAUAUUUGUAAAGUAGAUCAUAAAAUAAUUUUAAUUUUAGCUUUUUCUCAUUUUUAUAAUUCAUGUUUACAAAAUACAUUUGGUUUAUGGAUGUCCUGUUUCCAUAGAGGUAAUGGACUUUAUAUUGCAAUUAAAAAGGAGCCCACAGUAAGGAAAAAUGUAACGGGAGCAAAAAAUGCUCAGAGAUUCCUUUGUGUUCAAAGUAUGAAAGUAGAGUAAGGAGGUGAUUAGCUUAGCAUAGCAUAAAGCAUGGAAGUUGGUCUCAAAAAGUCAAAAUACACUUCAUAACUCCACUUAAACUCAAUAUUUAUCACUAUGAAUCAUAUUUUUUGAAAAAUUGCGUAUGAAUGCAAAUAAAAUAUAAUCAAUUUGUGGUUUCGUAGUGAUGUUAAGGUAAUUAUUUCCUGACCGAGCAUACGUCUGCCAUUUCUCUAUGAAAUUCUGUGUAACACCACCUAAACUUUUUAAAAUAAUUUUUGUUGUAUACACAUUAAAAAACUUAGAUACAUCAUGUUUAAUACUAAGAUUUACAGAUGAUGGUAUCAGCAGAACGUGACUUCUCCCCUGCUUCUUCAAAUCUUUAUGCUAAGCUAGGCUAACUAUCUCCAGGCCUCAGCUACAUAUUUAAAACACAUCUAACUUGUGACAAGGAAUAUAAGAAUGUUUCCCAGGAUAGAAAUAAAACACUGAACGAUGGGACUCACAUUUUUUAUUCGUAGCCACAUUUUUUUGUUACCAUGUUUUUCAUAGCUUUAGCUCAGCACUUUCUGUAUUUUAUUCCUGUACUGAUUAUUUAAGGUCACAUGACCUGUUUAACAGGCUACUGCAGCUUUACCAUGAAUAGUGUUUCUUUUGUUUUAAUUCUUUAUUUUAAUAUUGAAAUAUAAAAGAGAUAAUGUACAUGUUUAGAAUGAAUUUCAUUAUUAUGUACUUUUCACUCUAAAUAAUUUUAUGUAACUGGUUCUAGUUUGGCUCAAAAGACUAACGUGUGUCUUCUUUAGUGAAACAGCCAAGGAUACGUUACUUUGCAAUUUUUUGUGAUCGACUGCACACAAUAUUGUUUUAUCUUAUUCUCAUGUCAAGGUUCUGGACUGUUACUCCUGUUUUGAAGCCAAAGGAAGGUAACUAGUAUGUCAAUAAACAUUCAGUCAAGACAUCCAAAGUCCGUUGGUGAUUGAAGACAUGUUUUAUGUUACAAUUUUAGUCGCUGCACAUCAUUAAAGAUCUUUGUCACCAUG